CGAAGACCGAGCCCUCCCUCGGGGAAAAGGGCCCACAAAAAAGCAGAGGUUAACCUCGCUGGGAGAGGGCCGGAUUGGAAUACUAGGGAAGGGAGCCAGCGCGGAUGACAUCUAACAGUGAUUGUCUUCAGGGUUGUUUGACGGGUGCCCACAGCCGGGGACCAAUGUGAUUUGCCGGGGCAUCGCAUUAUCUGGGUGGAUCCUGGUCGAGAAUCAGGAAGUUCGAACGGCGUGCAUGUGCUUCUUUUUUUGGGCAGCCACCGGGUCUGCACAAAUCAUGUCGUGCAACGUUGGCUCCGUGACAACGACCCGAUGCCAUUGGGGAGGGCCUUCCACCUGUCUGGCGGCGAUCAUGGGCCGUUGGGGGCCCAUUGGCACGUCAUGCUCAGACGCCAUGGCAUGCUGUCGGUCUUUGUUGUUGUUUUGUUGCUGCUGCUGCUGCUGCUGCUGUUGUUGUUGUUGCUGUUUCUGUUUCCCCGUGCCCUCUACAUACAUACAGUCUACACAGCGACACCGCGAGUCCUUAGCCCGUGGGAACCCCGGUCGAGUUGGGCCAGAUCGCUUGCCUUGCCAAUCACGGCCAGAGAAUGAUUUUCUCGAGGUGUUUUGGAGUGUUCUAUCGAAGGUGAUCUGUCGAUUGGAUUGUGCGCGCGAGGGAUGGUGAGGCCUAACAGAGACAGACAGACUAGACGGCCUGCCUGCCUGUCUGUCUGUCUGUCUGUCUGUCUGUCUGUCUGUCUGUCUGUCGGUCUGUCUGCCUGUCUGCCUGCUAGUGUUUCCCACACCACUGUUUCGGGGUCUGGUUUCUUGCUGCUGCGCUGGGACCGGUUGAUGGGUAUCGACAGGAGGUGU